AUGUUUACUUUUCUUGUUAUUAUUGUAAACGUAUUGGUUUGCAUAUGUUUCUUAAAUACAAAAUACCAGAUUCAACUGGAUUAUAGUGUACCUAGUACCUUAAUCAAUUUAGAUAGAUCUUUAAAAUAUACGAACAUAACGGUAGGAAAAGAUUCCUUUCUUUGUAUAUUAGAUAAGUCUGAUAGUUUUGAUACAUGUGAGCAAUAUGAUUUAUUGAAAGAGGUUGAUGAUUUUUACCCUAAUGGGUUUGACGAACAUAAAGAAAUAAAUAAUAAUAAUAAUAAUAAUAAAAAGAAGAAGAGUUAUAAUAAUAAUUAUAAAAAUAAUUAUAAUCAUAUCAGCAAUAAUGGUGACAAUCAAAUUAAUAAUGAUUAUGAUACAACCUACAAUAGGUAUGAUUAUAUAGAAGAACAUCUAAAUAAAAACUUUCUUCUAAAAUAUCAAGAUAAUAAUAAUAUGAACUAUAAUUUAUACCUAAAGGAAGAUAACUACGAAAUCGAAUAUCAUAAUGCACAUUACUGGAUGAAUGUCCAAGAUGAAAAUAUACAAGCAAGCGAUCUUACACAAAAUAUUAUUAAAGAUGUUGGUGAUAAUAAUACAAGUUAUAAGAACAGUAAUAAUAACGGUUGGACUUGUAAUAACGUAUUGAAUAAAUUAAAUAAUAAAUAUUCCAAAGAAUUAAAGGGGGGGAAAAAAAAAAAAAAAAAAAAAAAAAAAAAAGAUAAAAAAAAAAAAAAUCAUUAUGAUUAUUUUUCGAACGAAAGAAACGAAAAAGUUGAUAAAUUAAAUAAGACAUUUAAUUGUAAUUUUAAAAGGUUAUAUGAUUAUAUUUUUUAUAAACAUAAAAUUAAUGCGUAUCAUAAAUAUAGAAUAUAUAAUAAUAUUAAUGAUGACGUAUUAUUAAAAAGUCAUAUAAUAAAAGGGAAAAUGUUAACCAUAAAUAAUACAUGUAUUGAUGCGUUUAAUAAUGGAAAUAUAUUAAAAAUAUGUUUAAAUAAAUCUAUAUCAUUUAUAACAAAAAGAUAUCAUACGAAACAUAAAAAACAUAUCACUAUAUCUACUUAUGCUAUAGGAAAAGAUUUAUUAUUUUCUAAUAAUACUGUUGUACAAUAUUAUAGUGAUGGCAAAUAUUUUUUUGAAGUAUUAUUUUUAUGUGGUAAUAAUAAUUUAAGAGUUAAUAGUUUUGAAAAGCUGUAUAAUGUAUAUUAUCCAUUCAUUUUCCAAAUAUAUGAACAUUUAAAUACAACUAUUACUAAACUUUAUAAUAUUAUAAUAAAAAAAUUAAAAGAUAAUGAUGUAUAUUUUUUUAAAUCAUUUUCGAAUUAUCAAUAUACUGAAGAUUAUUAUAAAUCAUUAAAACAAAAAUUAAUACACAAUUUAAAUUUAUAUUAUCCUGAAGCUAUAUAUUUAUAUCGUAUUACAUUAAGUGGAUAUAUGUUUUGUAAUUAUACAGAGAAAAUAAAUCCACCAAAUUUUUUUCUUUUAAAAAAUCUGAUGAAUAAAUGUCAUCAUUUUAUUAGAGAAGAUGAUACCAUGUUUGAAAUAUGUUUACCAUAUAGUGUUAUACAAUAUAAGAAAAAUGCUUAUGGGAAAGAAAAAUAUCCAUUAGUUUUAUUAGGAUCAUCAUAUAAUUCACUUAAUCAAGGUAAACCCUUUUAUGAAAAAAUGUAUGAUAUUUUUCCUGUAUUAAAAUCUAAUCAUAUGAUGAAAAAAACUAUAGAAUAUUAUAAUAAAUUGAAAGGAAACCUAUCAACAUCUAAUCCUUUGCCCACACAACAAAAUUCGCUAUCAUCUACAAAUACGAAUAAUUCAAAUAUAUCAAAUGUAAAAUAUGAUUAUUCAAAUAAAAAAAAAAAUUUAACUUCACCUCAAAUGUUGUCAUCUUUAGAGGAAUUUUCUUUAAGGAAUGGAUUAUCUCCAAAUAGUAUGGGAACAUCAGCUAAUAUAUCACCACAAAAUAGUAUGACUACACCAAAUAAUACAUCUGAUACAAAAGGGGUGUCAUCAUCAAAUACGUUGUCAUCACCAAAUACGUUGUCAUCAUCAAAUAGGUUGUCAUCACCAAAUACGUUGUCAUCACCAAAUACGUUGUCGUCAUCAAAUAGGUUGUCAUCACCAAAUACGUUGUCAUCAUCAAAUACGUUGCCAUCAUCAAAUACGUUGUCGUCAUCAAAUACGUUGUCAUCAUCAAAUACGUUAUCAUCACCAAAUACGUUGUCAUCAUCAAAUACUUUUUCAUCAGCACCAAAUUUAUUCCCAUCCUCUUUUAAUGUGUCUUAUACCCCCUUUUACAUAACCUCCCUUUCUGCUUACUUUUCUUCAUCAGCACACCAUAUGCCAUAUGUAAGUACCUAUAUAAUUGAUAAACCACUGGAGGUGCUAAAAUAUGGAAAUGGUAGUUUUUAUAAAGCGUUGGCUUUUGAUUUAAAGGGAGGAAAAUGUAUAGAUUCCUUAGACGAAGUUCAUGAUUAUAUAACGACAAUGUAUUUUGACUGUUCUUUAAAUUACAAAAGCGGAACUCAAACAAAAGUUGUUAAUGUAUUCCAAUCAACGGAAUGUCAUUACUAUGUGCAUAUAACUUCACCUUAUGUCUGCGCUCAUCCACUGUUACAUAUGCCCAUGAAAUCAAAAAAUGAGACGGUAAAAUGUUUUAGGAAUAUAUAUGCAGCAAGUUCCCAGCUUCAGGAUAAGUGGGCGAGUAAUACGUUUAAUAAUAUUAUGUAUAAUCAAUAUGAUAGUAUGCCUAAUAUUAUAAGUAGUAAUAUUAUAAAUAAUAACAAUAAUGUGAAUAAUUUUUAUAAUAUUAGUAAUAAAUGGAAUGACCCGAAUAUAUCAUCUUAUAAAAAUCAUAAUGAAUAUACAUUACCAAAUUUUUUUUUUAAUAAAGAAGAUAUAUUAAAGAAUGACGAUUUUAUUAGUAAUGAUGAUAAAAUGAAUUUAUUGGAAUAUUAUCUUUUACAAAAUAAAAUAUUUAAGAAUAAAAAUUUCCUUUCCUUUGAAGCUAUACCAAAAGAUACAGAAAUUAUAUUUGGAAAGAAAUAUUAUUUUGGUUUAGGAAAUUAUGUACGGAAACGAAUUUAUAAAUCAAUUCCCAUAUUCCAUAUAGGAAAUGUUGUAAGACACAAAUAUUGGAAUUACCAAGCUGUAGUUAUUAGUUGGGAUUAUUCAUGUUUUGCUCCGAACGAAUGGAAAAAAAAAUCCUUUUCUGAAUACCCCCCUGAAUUUCAAAACACAGUUCAUUAUCUUCUCUUAAUAAAUAACAAGAAGAAAAAAAAUCAAAAUGUAUUUUGUUAUACUAAGGAUCCAAAUAAAAAGAAUUGUAACAAAGGUAAUAAGGAACAUAAAAAAAAUGUAAACAUAAAAAACAAUGAAAAUGAAAAUGAAAAUGUUAAUGUUAAUGUUAAUGUGAAUGGUGGUGAUUAUAAAGACCAUUUUAAUCAACAUGAUAAAAAUAGAUAUAAUAAAAACAAAAUGGAUUAUGGCCCUAAUGAUAAAUUAACAUAUAAUAAAAAUUAUGGAGAAAAAGAAAAAAAAAAAGAAAAUGAUACUAAUCAAACUGAUGAGGAAGUUUUCCAUUUUGCUUAUGUACCAGAAUCAAGUUUAAUUUAUGGUGAUGAAAUUAUAUAUAAUGAAUACUUAUAUGAAUUUUUUGAAAAAUAUAAUAAUUCCUUUCAUUUUUAUAUUCCUAAAAAAAAACAUAUCAUAUGGAAACUAUUCCCAUAUGACUUUUUUAAUUUAAUCUUUUAA